AUGCUAAACUCCCACUCUUCCCAGAAACGACAUAAGGUGGUGGUUCCAAGAAUUCACGAAAAAACCUACGGUGAAUCACUGGGGUUUCGAACCAGUAUCCUUCCUUCGUUGAAAGAUCUGGGACCGGCCGACCUAAUCCAUGUUUCUAGGCUGCAUAAGUCAAGCCACAAGGAAACCGGUACCUAUCAUUAUAUCACUGGAUUGGACUUGUCUACUGUAGGAGGACCAAUUGCCUACCUUUCGACAAUUCACUUGAGUGACAACUCGUCCAAAAAAUCUUCCUCUAAUAACUCAGUGGGAACGUAUUGUUCCUGGAAUUGUUUUACGAAAGGUGAUUUGAGAAUCCGGAAGGAAUUUCCCGCUGGCAAUUACUCCACCAGUUUCAUUUUCGGAGACAGGAAGAAGAAUGCAUUGCACAAUAGCGGUGUUACUGACAGACUAUGGAGAGAAACAUACGUUUCUUCAUUGAUCCGAGCUUUGUUAUUCCCAGAUGAUCCGGCACGCCAUAUGCCUGGAAUGUGUCAAUACAAUCCUGUUUUAUCGUCUACUUCGGCGAAAUACGCUGUUUCGGAGUUGAUAUACUUUCUGCCUAAAGGGUACUUAGUUGGAUGUUCCAAUGAUGUACAGCAACCUACAUAUGUUCAAAACUAUCUUGUUGACUCUCUUUUGAAGCUCGUUGAGAUAACUGGACUUUAUGAUCUUGCUUUGGAAAAAAUAGAAGAAUUAAUCUCCGAGAAGCCUACAUUGAACGAUGAAUUUCGCCUGCUGCUAGUAAAAUUGCACCUUUUGAAUAACAAUGAAGUUGCAGCUGUUGGCGUUCUACAUGAAGGUUUGCAAGUUGAUCCCCGAGAUGCACUACUCUUGAAUGAGCAAGCUAAAUUUGUUCUGAAAAAGAAUAGACCAGAUCUUGCUCUUACCUCUGCAAGUAGAUCUGUUGCAGCUGCCCCAGCCGAAUUUGAAUGUUGGGAAACUUUAGUAAAAGUUCACCUUCGAAGAAAGGAUUAUCAGUCGGCUUUAUUGGCUCUUAACUCUUGUCCAAUGUACUCAAUGAGACAAUCUGAUAUUUUCAAACCACUUUCUCCUCAUGAUGUUGAAUUUCCUCAACCACUAGAUGGCAAAUUUGAACAGAUUUGGAACGAUGCAGAGUCAAAGGGUCCGGUUUUCAACAAUGAUGGCGUACUAGGCCUUGCUAGCAAAGCCGAAAUCAAUGCCACAGAGCCACUUUUGAUCCGAGUGUACCAUAGCACUAGGUAUAGUGGAACCUUUAAGAAGUCAUAUGCGCUUCUGGCAUAUCUGACUAAGCAGAUUGGUUGGGAUGAGGUCCUUCGUCUCAGGUCUGAGUUAUUUGUUAUGGAGGAAGAAUACCACAAAGAGCUAAAUUUUCAGGAAGAAGAGGAAGAGAACGAUUUAGAGCCUGGUGACCAGGCCAGUAGAUCCGAGAGCCAAACAGAAAAACAGUUUCUCAAUGGCAAAUUAGAAGUACCAUCAUCUGAUACAAUUCACAAAACAAGAUCUAGAUCUAUAUCUCCUCACAAAAGAGAUAUUGCAAGUGAAAAAUUCAAGUCAAAAAGAUUAUGCGAAAGAUGGUUAGAUGGGCUGUUCCUUUCUCUGUACGACGACUUGAUGGUUGGACUAGUUUGGGAUUCAGAACGAAAGUCAGGCGGGGCCAAUUUAACACACAGUGCUCUAGAGUGGGAGCUAAUUGGGCUUUCAUGCUUCCGCUCUUGUAAUUUUGAAGCAGGUAUUGCAGCGCUGAAGACAACAUUAAGUGCCAAUUUUUCAAUUUUUAGUGCCUUAGCAUUACUCCAACUAUACGAUUUCUACGAAACUGACCCAGCCGAAUUCCGCAGACUGAACUUACGUGUCAAUAUCCCCUCUAAUCUAAACCAAGAUUACAUCCUAGAGCUGAUUGUUAAAACUCUGGCAUGGUCUUACAGGUGGUAUGGAGAUUUUUCGCCUUUCUUGGCUAAGUUAAUCUCUAGAGCAAUCGAACGAGACGGGUCCCAGCUGUUGAAGAAUAAAGUGCAAAGCAAGUUUCAUGCCGAAGGUAUACCCAUGAUAAUGGACCGUUACGUAGUUUGGCUGGAACAAUUUCACACCGGUGAUUUAUAG